AUGGCAAGUCCCCAGCACACUCUCCACCUCGCAACGGUCAUGCCCACCCCGUACGAUCGACAAGGCUAACCCCCCCCCCCCCCCCACACACACACACUUUUGAUUUUGACCGCAGCAGGCGUCCUCCCUCUCCCCGACCUGCAACCCGUCCAAGCACGCGUUCGACACCUGCUUCAACCACUGGUUCAAAUCCUACCUCCUGCUCGUUUCCCCGCCCUUACAACACCCCAUCGAUACGCCCAAGGGAAAGACGGAGAGGGAACAGAGGGAUCGGCUCAUCAAGCAGAAGAAGGACGAGUACGAUACAAAUUGUGCGACCGUUUAUAAAGAGUAUCAAGAGUGUUUGACGGUGAGUUCGGUUAAAGAGCGGAGGAAUGACGUUGACUGGGUGGAAAGAGACGUCGCACGAUGAGGACGAGGAUGAUCCACGGCUCGGCGAGCGGAGGGGGCGCAGAACGAUCUUUCUUCAAAGAGCAGGGUCAACCCCCCGCUUCAUUGUUGAAAUAUGGAGCUGAUUCUGCGUGUUCGUAUCCCGAUCCUCCCAGGCCGCGAUCCCGACCAAAGAAGGCCUCGUCGAAAUGCUCGCCCAAGCCAGGGCCGAAGAACCCCUCCAUGGGUGGGGCGGGAUAAAAGUCGCGACCAAGGAUGAUUUGGGGCGGUGA